AUGUUAACGAAGGAAGAAAGAAGAAAGAAAGGGGUUUCAGUGAGGGGAUGGGAAGAGCGCAUUGCCGCACUGGAAGGAAUCAUUCAUAGGCAGGAUGAAGAACUUCGUCAGCUGAGACGUCAACCGGAGCCGCCAGUCCAAAUAAGGCAAGAUGCAGAAAAUAGAGACCCACCAGCUGCAGUGGUAUAUCCUGCUACAGAGGCUAGACAUGAGUUGUUAGCAGAGAGAUUUCGAAAACCACACCCACCUGAGUUUGAGGGAGGCAUAGACCCGGUAGUGGCUGAGGAGUGGAUAAGUCGCAUAGAAAGCAUUUUGCAGAUGCUAAGGGUGGAUGGGAAUGACCGAGUGAAGUGUGCAUCUUACAUGCUGAGGAAAGAUGCUCUUCUAGCAGCAAAGGUCGAUGAAUUUACUGGGUUAGUCCAAGGGAGUCUUACUGUGACUGAGUAUGCACAAAAAUUUGAUAGAUUGGCGAAAUUUGCUCCAGAUCUGGUGCCUACUGAUAGAGUGCGAGCACAUCGAUUUGUGGAAGGCCUGAAACCAAUGGUUGCUCGAGAUGUGGAAAUUGUGUCAAGGGGUCAAUUCAGUUUUGCUCAAGUUGUCGAAAUGGCUCUUACGGCGGAGCGGAGUGAAAACAAAAUUUGGAAGGAAAAUGCUGCCAGGAGAGAAUCGAAGAAAGGUGGAGCCAAUUCUAAUGACCACAAGAAACGAGGACAGGACCAGUCCGGGCAGCCAAGUCAAGACAAGAGGUACAAAAGUGAUAACGACCAACGAUUUAAUGGCAGCAGUGGGCGAAACAUUCCAGAAUGCCCUAAAUGUACCAAACGUCAUGUCAGCGAGUGUCGCGCAAAAGCAUGCUACAAAUGUGGAAAAGAAGGACACAUCAAACGCAAUUGCCCAUUGUGGGGACAGACUGGGAACAGAGCAGGACCCAAGAAAGAUGACAAGUAUGUUCCAGCCAGAGUUUUUGCCAUCACUCAAGCAGAAGCUGAGGCCAGUCCUUCGGUUGUAUCAGGUCAGAUUCCUAUGGCCAACACCACUUGUAAAGUUUUGUUUGAUUCUGGUGCAACUCAUUCCUUUAUCAAGCUAGCACAAUUGUAA